ACGAAAUGCACAGAAUCAGACCAAGACAUAUAUCACGCACCCUCCACUCCCUCUCCCGAAAACCCCUCACCCUCCCUCCCCCAACUCUAUUACCCCAACACGAACUCAUCGACGAGGAGAUCAGCCCCGGCUACAACCCCAAGACCUUCUACCCAGCAAACCCUGGAGAUGUCCUCGCCGAUCGCUACCAAAUCCUCGUCAAGGUUGGCUGGGGGAUGUCAUCUACAGUCUGGUUUGCGCGUGAUAUGCGGGGACACGAAGACGAACCAGAAAACGUCAUAGCACUAAAGAUAACCAACACCACCUCGCAUGCAGCCGAUGAACGCGAAAUCGAAGACCACAUUGCAACGACCGACGCAUCGCAUCGAGGUCGUUCGCUUUUCAGAACAUACUCGGAUUGUUUCGAGAUUGCUGGCCCGGAAGGGAAACAUGUGUGUCUGGCGUACGAGCCUAUGAGAGAGCCGAUGUGGCUGUUCAAGAAAAGGUUCAGGAAUGGUGUUAUCCCGCUUCCACUUGUUAAGACUUAUGUUUAUUUUCUGCUUGUGGCGUUGGAUUAUCUGCAUGCUGGGUGUGGGGUUGUUCAUACUGGUUUGUUUCUCUUUGAGGAUGCCGACGUACUAGGUGACUUUAUGAAUCACCAUCUCGACCACCCGAUGCAAUACAAAAUCGACUCCACCGGCAGACCAAUAUACCUCAGCCAGAACGACUUUGGACCCCUCCAGAAAGUGACCAGAAACAUACCCAAACUCGUCGACUUUGGACUCUCCAACCGCCUCGACAGCCACGAUGAUUGGGGAAUCCACCCUAUCCAACCAGACCACUACCGUGCACCGGAGGUCAUACUGGGCUGUGGGUGGAGGAUGAGCGCUGAUAUAUGGAAUCUAGGCGUUCUUGUCUGGGAGAUUAUCGUGGGGAGGGGGUUAUUCUGUCAUGUCCAUGAUGGAAAAGGGUGUUAUGAUGCCAGGGCUCAUCUUGGGGAGAUGAUAGCUUUGUUUGGGCUUCCUCCGAUAGAGAUGGUUACAAGAUAUCACUCGGCGAGGGGUUAUAAAUGGCGCAGUCCUAUCAAACGGCAGGAUGGUAAGGUCUGUGAAGAUGCAGAGCAAUAUUUCGGUGGUCCAUUCUUCUAUAGGGAUGGCAACUUUCUACAUUCGGAUUUAAUCCCCGAUCGGAAGCUAGAUACACUUCCCCUAGAAGAAGAGGAAAGAGAAAACUUCCUAUCGUUUAUCAAGAUGACGCUUGCCUGGGUGCCAGAGGAUCGGAAAACGGCGAGAGAAUUGAUGGAGCAUCCAUUUGUCCGACGGUAGCUUACAACUAGAGCCCCCUCGCCUGAUAUUCCAUUAAAGUAUUCUAUAUUAUAAUUUUAAUUGAUUACGGGCUGAAUAUAAAAUAUAAACCGCCAAAAAUAUUAAAAAAGACAAAAACAUACAACAGCAGGGA